AUGAAAUUAUACACGAUCUCAAUACUACUUGUCUGUGAAGUAUAUUCUAUGAUUUUCAACCAAAUAGUAGUUACUGCUUUGGGGAAUAAGUAUACACAAGGCUUAUAUUCCUAUACGGCUGAUCAAUUACUUACAAUGAAGUUUUCAGCAGGAAAUUUUAAAGAUCUUAAAAGAAAACAUCGUGUAGUAUUUGAAUUUAACAGGAGGAUAUCAAACUGCUGGAAGGAAAGCAUGAAAGAUGCAGACAAUUUACUAAGUUUAAUAUUCCAAGAUAAUGCGCAAGUAUCAAAAAUAAAUAAUUAUGGUUUUCCUAUACAAGUUCCACUUGAUCUGGCCAAAAUAGCAAAAAAUAUCGUUGAGCAACUUAUAGAGGGGAUUCCCCCACUUGAACCUAUUGAUUAUAUUUCAACCGAAACAUUAGGAUCAAUUUAUUCGCAAGAGUUAAAACAAAGUCAUGGUGUAAUAUCAAAGAACUUAAAGACAAUUUUAACAAGAGCAGCCUGCAGAUUGCUUCUAGGAGCAGUUAUAUUUUCUUCAUAUGAACAAAAUAAUCUAAAUAUAACUGAAACUAAAAUAACUCGAACAUCUCCUUAUUUGGAUGAUAUAAAUAUUAAGCCAAAAACCACAAUAAAACAAAAUAUCGUAAAGUCUUUGACUACUUUUUGGAAUUCUGUAAAAGGAUUAGGCCCAAAAUUUAAAAAAGGUAUUUUCAAACUCCUAAGAUUUGAAACAGAUGAAAUGCCUGAAAUAACAGAAGAAGUGAUUACAAGAUUUAAGAGUGAAAUACAAUCUUACAAUACAAAAAUAUAUGGUGAUCCUCUUUACUCAGAUAGGUUCAAGCUGGGAAGUGAAAUAUCUCUUGAUAGUGUACUUAAAUUAUUUUUUGCAAAACAAGAACACAAUGCACUUAAUCUAAUUAGUGAACUGCAGAAUUUUUUAGACUCAAUGCUUAACAUAAACAAUCAAAGAGAGGGAAUUUUAUUAGAUGUUGAUAGUUAUCAUCUCCCCCAGCCUGAAGAUAUUCCAGAUCAUAUGAAAAGCGAGGAUGGUUUAUCUACAAUCUUGCAAAUGAAAAUACUAGAUAGGAUCCCAUCAUUGUGUUCUGAUAUGACUAUACUGGCACUGCUUCCUAAUACUCUCAAGUUUAAAUCGUGUGUAUACUUUCUCGAGAUAAUAAUAAAGUUUCUUAAUGGAUAUUUUUAUUUAAAACAAAGAUGCAAGGAAGGUUCAAUAGAUAGAAAAAAUGUCACUAAGCAAAUCAGGUACAGAUCAGCUCUCAGAUUUACUCAGGGAAUUUUAACUUACUAUAAUCAGAAACACAUAAACUUUAGAGAGUCUCUAUACAAAACUAGUAAAAGUUUAAGAACUAACCAAUACUAG